AUGGUGAAUUACCCCAUGAAACCGCCUCGAAUAGAAGACGGCACGCUGUGCAUGCUCGGCGCUCGCACGCACAGCAGCUGCACGCUGCACCUGCCUCCCACCGCACCCAUCGCACCCUCCUCCUUAGACUCGCGGAUUCCGUAUCAACAGCAGCAGCAGCAGAAUGGGGGUGUAUCUCAACAGCCGGAGCAUCGAGAUCAGUCAGUUUUAGGGUCGGGAGGGUCCACGUGGCCUGUCGUGCGCUCCGGCUUUAGCGCGGAUAAAGGCGGCCGGCAGCGGAUGGAAGACGCCCACGUGGCGGUAGAUGAUUUGUCACAGGCGAUUGGUGACGUGGCCGUUGCGCAUCCGCGAGCUUUUUACGGGAUCUUCGACGGUCACGGCGGCGACGCGGCGGCGCAAUUCGCGCGGCAGAAGCUGCUGGGCCACGUGGUGCGCGACGCGGCGUUCCCGCUGCACGUGGGCAGCGCGCUCAGAAACGCGUUCCUGCGCACGGACCGCGAGCUGGAGACGGCGCGCACGGCGGAGGGGCACGCCAUGGACUCGGGGACCACUGCGCUGGCCGUGCUGCUGCUGGGCAGGUCGCUGUACGUAGCAAACGCGGGGGACUGCCGGGCGGUGCUGUGCCGCAGGGGGCAGGCGGUGGAGCUGUCGCGCGACCACCGCGCGGCCUGCCAGCACGAGCGCGCGCGCGUGGAGCGGGCGGGCGGGUGGGUGGUGGACGACUAUUUGAACGACCAGCUCGCUGUUACCCGGGCGCUGGGCGACUGGCACAUUGAGGGGCUCAAGACCCGCCGCUCCUCUGCAGCCGCUGCACCUGAUUCAGCUGGCCCCGCUGCAGCGAUGGCGUCGCCACCAUCCCCUGGGAGCGACAGCGACAGCGAUGUUAUAGAGGGGCCGCUUAUAGCGGAUCCGGAGGUGCACGAGGCGCAUCUGUCGAACCCCGAGGACGAGUUUCUGGUGCUGGCGUGUGAUGGGCUGUGGGACGCUUUCAACAAUGAGGGCGGUGGCAGCAAGGAGGUGGUGGCGUUUGCUCGCAGGCGACUCAGACUCCACAACAACCCCCAGCAGUGCUCCAAGGAUCUAGUGGAGGAGGCGAUUCGGCGGCACGCGUGUGACAACGUGACGGUGCUGACAGUGUGCUUCUCACUCGACCCCCCACCACUGCUGCAACACCAGGAGCUGCUGCACUCACAGCUUCCUCGCAGCUUCUCAGAGUACAGCCUCAGAUGUCUCAAUUGA